AUUUCCUAUCUACGCCACCGCCUCCUGGUCGGGUCCCGCUUGCCACCGAUCCACCUCCCCGUCGCCAGUAGCUGGGGAAGCAAUAAAUUAGAUGUUCGAAUCUUGCACGCGCAGCAGCUGCCCCUUCUUAUUGCAUUUGGCGUAGUAAAGAAAGAGUGGGGUAGUCGUCGAUCGACGUCGACGGUGGCAGAAAAGGAGAUGGAAGCCUCCAACAGAAUCCAAAAGCAACGUCGAUCCGAAGUUAUCCACGAAAGGUGGAAAAAUAGGCGUUGACGAAGAGCAACCGAGAGCCAAGUAAAAAAGAGGAAGAAGGAAAAGUAGCCAACUCGAUCUCACGCACCCGUUUGACGCGGUUUCCCAAAUCCAAAGACCACGGUGAGAGGUUGGGCGGCCGGAGGAUGGAGACCGCGGAGGGGCAGAUCAGGGGAAUCCUCACCCAUGGCGGCCGCUACGUGCGGUACAACGUGUACGGCAACCUGUUCGAGGUCACCGCCAAGUACGUCCCGCCCCUGCGUCCCCUCGGCCGAGGGGCUUACGGCAUCGUCUGUGCUGCUGUGAACUCGCAAACUCGUGAAGAGGUAGCUAUUAAGAAGAUUGGUAAUGCAUUUGAUAAUCGUAUCGAUGGCAAGAGAACUUUGAGGGAAAUAAAGCUUCUGUCCCACAUGGACCAUGAAAACGUUAUUGGAAUCAAGGACAUCAUACGCCCACCACAGAGGGAAAACUUCAGUGAUGUUUACAUUGUAUAUGAGUUAAUGGAUACUGAUCUAAAUCAGAUAAUCCGCUCUAAUCAACUAUUGACUGACGAUCACUGCCAGUACUUCUUAUAUCAGAUACUACGGGGUCUGAAAUAUGUACACUCAGCAAAUGUCUUGCACCGUGAUCUUAAACCAAGCAAUUUGUUCUUAAAUGCAAAUUGUGACCUUAAAAUAGGAGACUUUGGAUUAGCAAGAACAACUUCUGAAACAGAUCUGAUGACAGAGUAUGUUGUCACUCGCUGGUACCGAGCACCUGAGCUGCUCCUUAAUUGCUCAGAGUAUACUGCUGCAAUUGAUAUUUGGUCGGUAGGGUGCAUCCUUGGAGAAAUUGUAACCAGGCAACCUUUGUUUCCUGGGAGAGACUAUGUUCAGCAGCUGAGGUUAAUCACUGAGCUGAUAGGUUCACCGGAUGACUCGAGCCUUGGGUUUCUUCGAAGUGAAAAUGCUCGAAAAUAUGUAAAACAGCUACCAAGAUAUCCAAGACAGAAUUUUGCACUCAGGUUCCCCAAUAUGUCUCCUGGAGCUCGUGAUUUGUUGGACAGAAUGCUCGUGUUUGAUCCAAGCAAGCGAAUAACAGUUGAUGAGGCUCUGCAUCACCCUUACUUGGCACCUCUUCACGACAUCAAUGAUGAGCCCGUGUGUGCAUCCCCGUUUAGUUUUGAUUUUGAGCGACCAUCAUUCACCGAGGAAAAUAUCAAAGAGCUCAUCUGGAGGGAAUCUUUGAGAUUCAAUCCAGAUCCAUGAUAAUAUGGUUUGAUUGUCAUGGGGAUCAAUCAUUAUUGAUGCAUCUUUGUAAGUUCCACUGUGUCUAAAUUGGUUAUGCAACUUGGGGUUAGACAUCUGACUACUAGUGCUAUGGUAUUAGCGUCUGGAUGCUCAGGAAUCUGAUCGCUACUUUCUUCCAUAUUCCUACGGUCCUGUUGGAAGAUCAUCUGAGCAAAGGUAUCAUUUGAGGUCGAAUACAUUUUGUGACUUGGAUUAGCUGAGUGCUAUAAUGGAUUGGAUUUGAUUGUUAUUGAUCUAUUACUCGUCUGUAUACUGCAAGCAUGAGAUAGAUUCCAUGUUUACUGAUAACAACUAUGCUGUAAAUUAUGUAAAUUAACUUGAGUGUACCAUUAUUUGCAUGA